UGUCAGUUAGCCACGUCAUUUUUGCACGAAUGAGAAGAUUGUUAAGUUAGUUUACGCGGCGUCUAAUUUAGGCUUCAUUGUAAAAUAAUAAAUCAUGAAUAUAUUUCGCUUACUCGCGGACUUGUCCCAUCUUCUAGCUAUAAUAAUAUUAUUACUAAAAAUUUGGAAAACUAGAUCAUGUGCAGGGAUAUCGGGAAAAUCGCAAAUACUAUUUUCAAUAGUAUACACGACGCGGUAUUUGGACUUAAUUACAACAUUCGUGUCGCCAUAUAACACUAUAAUGAAAAUAGUGUUCAUCGCAGCAUCCUAUGCUACAGUUUAUUUGAUGUAUGUCAAAUUCAAAGCCACCUACGACCACAACCACGACACGUUUAGGAUUGAAUUCCUUUUAAUUCCCUCUCUUAUUCUUGCACUACUUAUUAAUCGUGAAUUCACUCUAAUGGAGGUGUUAUGGACAUUUUCUAUUUACUUGGAGUCUGUUGCGAUCCUGCCACAACUAUUUUUGGUAUCCAAGACUGGAGAGGCAGAAAGCAUUACAUCUCAUUACUUGUUUGCACUGGGAUCCUAUAGAGGAUUGUAUCUGUUGAACUGGAUAUACCGCUACUUUGUUGAAGAUCAUUACGAACUUAUAGCAAUUGUUGCUGGUGUUGUACAGACCGUACUGUAUUGUGAUUUCUUCUAUCUCUACAUUACUAAAGUUCUUAAAGGAAAGAAACUGCAGUUGCCAGCUUAAAUGCCACAAUAUAUUCGGGUGCAAUAUCAAGUGACACAAAAGUUUGUCGAGUUAUUUUAUAUAAGUCAAUAAUAUUACCUAAGAUCUAGUUUAACAAGUGACGUUUUACAGCUGUGAAAACAUUUUUUAUUUAGGACAUGUAUGCACUCCAUUGUUACAUUACCUGACAUAAUUUUUGAUAAUUAUACGAUCUGUUUAUUGGCA